GCCUUUUGGGGUCCUUUCUUUCUAGCCGCUGCGCCAGCUUCCAACCAGUCGAAGCAGGCGAGAAAAAGGUGAAAUUAGGCCGAAGACGUCGUUAGGCUGACCCGUCCAGUGGAAUUAUGAUGGUUGGCAAGACGAGUGCCAUCGCGGCAGGCGUGUGUGGAGCUCUUUUCGUCGGUUACUGCAUUUAUUUCGACCGGAAGAGACGAAGUGAUCCCAACUUCAAGAACAGGCUACGAGAACGCAGGAGGAAGCAAAAGGCAGCAAAAGAACGAGCUGGUCUGGCCAAGCUCCCUGACCUGAAAGACGCUGAAGCUGUGCAGAAGUUCUUCCUGGAGGAGAUACAGCUGGGGGAGGAGCUACUGGCACAAGGGGACUAUGAAAAGGGCGUGGACCAUCUGACCAAUGCCAUCGCCGUCUGUGGUCAACCUCAGCAGCUCCUUCAGGUGUUGCAGCAGACUCUGCCGCCACCCGUCUUCCAGAUAUUGCUCACAAAACUGCCCACCAUCAGCCAGCGCAUUGUGAGUGCACAGAGUCUGAGCGAGGACGAUAUAGAGUGAUGAUGUCAUCAUGUUUGUGCUUCCAUGACCCGCUGAGGACUGAUGGACUGACUCUCGACCUCUAAGUCGCUUUGUUUCAUCUGGGAUGGCACAGUUAUUAGAUCACUGCUAGGAUUGAAGUAUUUAUUGUUUUGUCCGUUCUGAUGUAGACUUUUUACAAAGUUACAAAAUGUGGAAACAUAAAGUGGGAACAAACUACA